AGGCCGCCGGCGUGUCGGCGCGGGAGAGGCGCGGCCGCGCGAAGCGAGCAGGCGCGGGGAAGUUCCUCGGGGCGUCCAUGGCGGCGGUCAGCACCGCGAGGCUGCGCCGCAAGCUGGGCCAGGACAGGUGGCUGGAGGACAUGAUCAGAGCCGCACGGCAGCAGGGCGACGAGCUCCAGGGCCCCGUGCUCAGGGUGGCCAUCCAGGGCGCCACGGACCUCGUGCCCCGGUCUUGCGCGGAGGGCCGGGACCUCUACUGCACCUGCGAGGUGGCGGGCAGGGCGCGGUCGCAGGUCCGCACCCGCACCGUGGACGGCGCCCACGAGCCCGCGUGGGACUACGAGUCGCGCGUCAUCGGCUACUCCCUGGGGGACUCCCUGGCGUUCGCCGUCUGGGCGAGGGCGGCGGGGAGGCCCGACGAGUGCCUCGGCCGCGCCACGCUGCGGUCGGAGCAGUUCUACCCCAGCGGCUUCGCCGGGCGGUGCGAGCUCGAGGGGGGCUGCCCCGCCAAGGAGAAGGAGAAGGAGAAGGAGAAGGAGAAGAUAGGGCGGUCGUGCAAGUUCUGUUUCUGCGGAAGUCUGGUGCGUGCGGCCAUGUGCGGGCAUGGCGGAGCUUUCCUGACCAGCGACCUCGUGGGCAUGGAGCAUGGAGAUGCACGGCACGUGCGGGCAGGUGCGGGGAGGCAGCUCGGCGGCCUCUGCGGGGUCCACUGCCUGAACAACCUGCUGCAGGGGCCCCACUUCGGACCGGGCGACCUGGCGGAGAUCGGCGUGCAGCUCGACAGGGAGGAGAGGCAGCUGCUCGAGGGCGCCGGAGGCGGGGCGGGCGGCGACGGCCUGGAGGAGCAGCCGUACAACGUGGACCCCUCCGCCGACGGCGGCAACUUCAGCAUACAGGUGCUGGCGCUGGCGCUGAAGAGGUUCGGGCUGGAGUUGCUGCCGUCCAACCACCCCGACGCGAGGGAGCUGAUGAAGGACCCGCCCAAGGCCGCGGGGGCGUUCCUGUGCCAGUACAGGGACCACUGGUUCGCGAUCCGGGAGAUCGCGUCGUGCUGGUGGAACCUCAACUCGACGCGAAGGAGACCUGCGAUGGUGAGCCCGUUCUUCCUGGCGGCCUGGCUGGGCCAGCUGGGCGAGGAGGGCCACUCUAUCUUCCUCGUGCGCGGGGCCGCGAUGCCCGAGCCCGCCCGCCCGGCGGAGGCGGCCGACGGCCAGGUCGAGGAGAAUUUCCACGAGCUCGGCUUCCUCCUGGACAAGUCCAGGGAGUCCGGCGGCAACCCGCUCCAGGGGGACGACGGCUCCGACGGGGAGGUCGUGAUACCGCCCGACACCGACGCGCCGCUCGGGGCCAUGCUGCCCGGCGCCCUGGGUCCGUUCCCUGGCGCCAUGGUGCCCGGGCUAGCCCUGAACCCCUUCGAGCAGCAGCAGCAACAGAUGCUCCUGCACCAGCUGCGGGCGCUGCAGCAGGGCGGGCUCGCCGAGCCCCCGGGCUCCGCGGGGGCGCUGCGGGAGAUGGGCUUCGGCGAGGCCCAGGUGCGCGCCGCGGAGGCCCUCGCCGCGGGCGGCCCGCCGUCGGCGCAGGACUGGCGGCUGCUGGCCCACGCAGAUGUGGCGCCGGGCCUGGCGGCCGACCCGCUGCGCCUGGGCCAGGCCAUCCAGGAGGCCGUGGUGGGCCUGGAGCGCAGCCCGGGCAGUGCCCUGGACGCCUGCAUCCUGCGCCUGGUGGCGCUGCUGAGCGUCGAGGGCGCGGCGCGGGCCGUGGCCGCGCGGCACACGGACGGUGCGCUGCUCUCCGGGCUCGCCGCCUCCGUGCUCGCCGAGCCGGGGCCCGUCGUGGCCGGCGCCCACGCUGUCCGCCGCCGCGGUGGCGCUGGAGCUCCUGGCCGCGCUGCCGCCGGGCGGCGCGGGCGGCGCCGCGCCGCGGCCCGGCGGCGGCGCCUGCCAGAGGCCCCUGUCGAAGCCGCGGGACUCGAGCUGGCCGUCGCCGGCCGGCGGCGACCCCGGGAUCGUGUCUCUGUAGGGGUGGCGCCCAGCGCUGGCCGGCGCGCACUGCGCGGCGCGCAGGGGGUGGAAAUGCCACGGGGGGCUGACGCGGAGGGGUCGGACGGAGCGCUAUAGCACGAGGAUGCAUCCGUGCCGGAGCGUUCCGAGCCGUGCUCGGAGCGCUCCGGAACGUGCCGAGCUGGCCGCGGCGCCCGAGACAUGUUACCGAGCCGCCGGCUCGCGGAACAUUCUCGAUAUAUCUUCGCCCGAGGUGAUCCUCGCCCAGGCUUUGUCUCGUGACCUGGAGGGGUCAACGCUGGGCGGCUUUCUUUGCCUCGGCGAGGCUCGGCGGCAGGCAGUGGCGAAGCGCCCUGGCUCGCAUGCAGGCCCACCAAAGAUUAUUCUAAGAACCACUUGUGGUCUG